AAGUCUGAGUAUUAAAUACGCCCAGGCAGUAUGAGAUAAUGCCCUUAGCCUUUUCCGUUAUACAUGGAAAAAAAAACUAAAAAUAGAAAAAUAAAAAAGUCGUCGCGUUUAUUUCCUCUAUGGCAAUGGCGGGAUAAAAUCGGUUUUGUUUUGUGCGUAGUUGAUUUUGUUAUUAAAAUCCUAUUUUAUUGUACAAUUAAUGAAAUGGCUACAAAUUUCUUUAUACACAAAAGUGGAAGGUGGUUGCAGCUUGAUUUGGAGGAUGCUUCUAUCGACGGGAUACGGGAGAAGCCCCGAUUUCUGUAUGUUAGCAAAGGGACUCUACAGGUCAUCCCCACUUCCCUUAUCCUGCGGGGUCUGAAAGCAUUACAUUCUGGAGAGAAGAGCGCUGUUAGAGCUGGACUCAUAUUGCCAAAGCACAGGAAACACAAGAAGCACAGAAGACACAAGCAUAGACGCUCCUUAAGCCACUGCUGCAGAUGUGAACACGGGAACGGCCCGAGUUGCAUCCAACCAACGAUUCUCACCACGAAUGUGAAGAGCAUAUCAGACGCAGUCACACAGACAAACACGCAUAACCCAACACAAACUCCUGUAGUGGACAAGAAAAAUGAUAUUCACAAAGAGUAUAAAUCAUUACAAAUACAACCCAAAGCUGUCAAAAAUAGUGUUGAUAAAAGGGCUAUGGGGUCAGAUUCUGACACACCAUGCAAAGAACUGUACAUAGAUAUUCAAGAUAUUGAAUACAUAAAAUCAGUCCUGGCCCAAAACCCUCAGUUCUUAGGUCCCUUUGAUGAGGAAACAUUCAAUAAAGAUUCAGCAUACAGAAAUGUGAUUCUGUUUCAACUGAACCCGUUAGUUAAAAUCGAAAGGGUGAUAAAUCUCGAGAGGUUACUAGGGAACAAUGAUUUGUCUCUGGUUGAAUUUGCUGCUCUACUCGGACUGACUCAUGUGACUGCAAAAAAGUCAAAAGACUACGCGUACAAGACUAGACAGAAAGUUAACGAAGCUCACGAUAAUUAUCGACAGAUGAAACAAUUGAAAAAACAAACAUUGUCUAUCAGUAGUGAUGAUGAUAAAGAAAAUGAGCAAAGCAGAGAGAAAACUUUAAAACCACAAGUGGCUACUUCCCGCGCGGAAAGAGUUAAAAAGUACAUGACAAGUUUCAACAGGGCUAGAGGCAAGAAAGGGAGAUUUCUGAAAAAGUCAUCAAAUGUCAAAGGUCAUUCCGGUAAUGACAGGUUACAAAAAAAACUUGAUAACAAAGCUGUGGUGAGAGCUAUUCAUGACGAUAGCAGCGAUACUGAUGUUAGUUAUGAUAAUGAUCAUAAGAAAUUGAUCAAGAAAAUUACUAACGUUAAUAGCAGUGACAGUUAUAAUUUUAUUAUGUCGAAACAUGACCGUGGAGCUGCUAAAGAGGAUGCAGCGAUCGAGGGAAGGGUCACCAGAAGAUCGAUAUUGAGUGGAGACGUUAAAAAUGUGGUUAAUAAUAAAGAAACUAUAAAAAAACAAAACGAGUCCAAUAAUAAGAAAAAUCAGAUGAAUAGUUCGUCUAGUGACGAAGAUCAACUUAGCUUAAAACAUUUGUCCAGCAAAAGAAAUAAAAAAGCUAAGUAUGACGAAACUGAAAAUUCUAGCAGUGAUGGAAAUGACACUUCUAACAGUGAUCAAAGUACAGUUACUACUAAAAGACAAUCUGCAAGACUGUCAGAAGUCGCCAAAUCUAAAAUUAUUGUUCUAAGUACCGACAGUGAAGAAGAAUCGGAGAAUGCUAAAUGUACAAGUAACAGAAAACCAACCAAUAAUAAUGGUAACGAAAAUAAAGCUGCUAAAAGACCUUUUAUUCAAACUGAUGCGAGCGACAGCGAAACUGAAUUUGUGACAACUAAAUACGCUUCACAAAGCAAGAAGAAAGACAAAGUUAACGAAAAACUGUCAUUAAGCAAUGCUGACAAACAAAUUCAAGGAAGAAACAAAGAUACAGAUAAAAGGGCAGGAAAUGACAGGAAAAGGCCCAAAUUAAAUGAAGAUAACAGUGAGAAAGAGUCCAAAAAAGACAGUGAUAGUUCAGAAACUGUUGAAAAUUCAGUUAUAAAGUCGAAAAGGCUGAGUAGAACUGAUACUAGAGGGGAGAAAAAUAAUGCUGAUACAAUGGCUAGACCAAUCAGCCAAAAUAGCAAGAGAAAUGAAGAUAUCGAUAAAAAUGCAACAAAUAAUACGAAAAAAACUAAAUUAAAUGACGACAAAAGUGAGAAAGGGUCCAAAGAAGACAGUGAUAGUUCAAAAAGUCAUCCCGAGGCGGUUACUAAACAAAAAAAUACUAAUAUUAAUAUCAAAUCUGAUACAAGGAUUAAACCAAACAGCCUAAAAAGCUCCAGUGAAGGCAGUUCGAAUAGUCUAAACAUUUUCAAGAAAAAAAUGGCUUCCCUAGCAUCCAAGAAGUUGGGCAUCAAGAACAAGACCAAAUUUAAACCUAUGAAGCCUGGAAUUCAGAAAGGGGCGUCAUCCUACACGUCUCUUGAAGACCACGCGAUCAUAUCGUGGGUGUCUCUGGGGCAGCGAGCGCGGGGCGUCAACGGCAACCAGGUGUGGAAGGAACUGGAGAAGGAGUACGAGAGGAUCACCGGCACACAUCGCUCGUGGCACUCAUUGCGCAACCGCUACCUACGCUACGUGCUACCGUCACUCGGAGCCCUGUGCGUGGAGCCCGCCGUCGCGAGCCGCCUCCGAGCCGCCGCCGCUAAAGGAAACAUAAAGCUAGCGCGCAAGGCGUCGCUCAACAACGGCAACGCCGAGAACUCGAUACUCCGGAUGACUCCAGUGAUCAGUGCCAGCAGCCGGAGACCUAGACCAGACCGGAGUUUGGACCUAGAGCCAGGCACACCGGGCAAACCUGACGAGAGAUCGAGGGCUAGAGAUCCAGGCACAGGAGGCAAGGCAGGGGACGAGAUACCGAAGUCUAGGGAGAAAGCAGCGUCCCCUAGAAAGUCGUCAACGCCGAAGAUCCGCCUGCGAUCGCCGAAAUCUCCGAAGAAAGUCAAGGCUCUUCGGUCAAGCCCCAUUAAUAACAGUCCCACGUAUUCGGACUUGACCAAGAGGUUUAUGGACAAACGAAGCUCAGGACAGUUAUCUCGUGACCCCACGCCGCCAGAACCAGAAGAGAAGCCAUCGAAGUCUCGACGCCUAUUCAACCCUAAAGCUAUUUGAUAUACGGUCAAAAUUCGCCACCGAACGUCCACAGCAGAUACAGACACUUCACACUUAUAAAACCCCUAUUUUUCUUCGGCGGUUAAAAACUGCUCGGUACAGUAUGAUCGAGGGCUCUCGUGUCUCAGCUGAGUAG